AUGACGUUAAGGCGCCGCGAUGUCAUGCCUCCACCAAGAUGGCGUUUCAGUCGUGAACCGCUGGAUGUACCGUUGUUGAAAAAGCUCGAAGGAAGGGAAGAGCAGUGCCGGGAUGCGAUCACUAUGUUCGUGUGCUUGCUGAAGUACAUGGGAGAUCAGCCAUCAAGGCGAAGCCGACUUGGCACUGACCUUACCGACAGCAUUUUCAAGCCUGCAAUCGCUCAC